GAUAUUGCUGUUAUCUGCCUCCGGAAAUUACUGCUUUUAGGCGGGGACAUUGAAACUAACCCCGGUCCCGACACUGCAGAAAUAUUAAAGCAGCUUAGGGAAAUCGCAGCUGAUAUUAAAGAUAUAAAAGAAAACCGGCUGGUAGAAAUUGAAAAAAAGGUAGACGCUUUGUCAAACCUUGAAGAAAAGGUCACUUCAUGUCAGGACCGGCUCUCGCAUAUGAACCAAGUUGUUCUGACGCUUGAAAGGAAAAUAGGCGAUUUAGAGAACCACAGUAGAAGACCUAAUUUGGUCAUUUUUGGGCUACCAGAACCAGAGGGUGAAAACAGUGGAUCCCUGGAAACAGCCGUAAAUAAAGGUAUCUUUCAAGAUCUUCUAGAGCUGGAACCAGUAGCGAUUGAACGCAUUCACAGAUUAGGUCGUCCGUCUCCGAAUAAGAAUCGACCGGUCAUUCUGAGACUGCUCGAUACGAGAGAUAAAACAUUAAUUUUUAAACAAUGCCACAAGUUGAAGAACACUGCUAUAUCAAUAAGUGAGGAUUAUUCGCAGAAGGUUCGUGAAGUUAGGCGGAAGCUUUGGGCAAGUGCGAAGGAAAACCGGGAGAGAGGGGACAAAGUUUCCUUAGCUUUUGACAAAUUGUACAUCAAUAAAGUGGCGUAUGUUUGGAACGAGGAAAUAAAUGAUAGAGUUGCUGCUCAAAAAAACGACGAAGGAAAUUCACGCCGCCCAAUGACCCGUCGUCACGUGCAAAAGCUAAGGUAGACACUGGUUUCGUCGAUUGCCAAGGCAAUGUUUUGAAGAUUCCGUGUUUAGAAAUCAACCGUCCAUUCUACAGAAAUUCAGUUUCAGCCAAAGAAAAACACCUGCGUAUCGUCAAUUUCAACGCUCGUAGCGUAGUAAAUAAGACAGAUAUACUUGAAAUUCAAUUGUUACGGCAUGAUCCACACAUUGCAAUCAUAACAGAAACUUGGUUACGUACUGAUAUAACAAAUGAACUAGUCUUUCCACCACACUACAAAGUCUUUCGCAAAGAUAGAAUGCACAGAGGCGGGGGUGUAGCCGUUCUAGUGAAAGAUCAGAUAGACGCGACGCUUAUCGGUGAUACUCCCGACCUGGAGUGCUUAUGCGUCAAGUUAUCAUGCUGGGGCCAUUGCUUCGUGUUGUACGCAUGUUACAGGCCACCUGACGCUACACCAGAUUACUUGAUUAAACUUCAAGAGCACAUGUCUUCCUACCAAAAUAAGAAAAUUUUAUUGAUUGGUGAUCUGAACCUGCCUGGUGUCAAUUGGGAGCUCCUCCAAGCAAACAAUAAGAGUGAUGAAAACGCUAACAUUCUAUUCGACAUUAUGCUGACACAUGAUCUAAUACAAGUGGUUAAUGAACCCACGCGUGUGCAGGGGUCGUCCUGUUCUGUAUUAGAUAUUGCUGUUCGCAAAAUUCCCAAAACCAUAUCUAUUAAAGAUUAUUCGAGAGCUGAUGACGCCAGAAUCGUCGACUACAUGGAAGCCUGUCUUACGCGCUUUGCUGAUAGUGGCAGUGAAGUGAGUGCAUUGUGGGCAACCUUUACUACAAUGUGUAAGCACUGCAUAGAUACAUUCAUACCUACUAAAUCUAAGAAAGUCAAUAAAAGUACGCCUUGGAUGACGCGUGCUAUAAUCCAAUUGAAGCGCAAAAUCAAACGAAUAAAGAAGAAGCAUGCGCGUACAGGGAUUAUCAGUGAAUUACAAGAAAAGCUAGCAUGCGCUGUACGUGAUUCGAAAGAUCUAUAUUUCACUGUAACAUUGCCCAACUUUAUAAAGAACGCGCCGGAUAAGUUUUGGGAAUACCUAGGCGAAAGCAAGAAGUCUGUCACAGAAAUCACAGUUAAUGGAACCAGUAUUAACAACUUGAAUGCUAUCGCACAACAUUUCAACGAUUACUUUCAUAGCGUAUUUACCAGUACAAGUUCAGGCUUACCUUUAGGCUCUGUAGUGUUUCAACGCCAUGAGGCGAACUUCAUCUCAUACCACGGCAUUGUGUCUAUGUUGCUAAAUUUAAAAACCAAAACAACUCCUCGCCCUGAUGACAUCCCAAAUGUGUUCCUUAGGCGAUACGCCGAAACUAUUGCCAAAUUCUUAAUUUUGUUAUUCAGAGAAUCUUUGCUAUGUGCAAAAGUACCUAGUGAUUGGAGGAUGGCUCGAGUUGUCCCAGUCUUUAAGAAAGGCGAUCGAUUGUUACUACAGAAUUACCGCCCCAUAUCACUGACGUCAUCAUGCUGCAAAAUUUUCGAGCACAUAAUCGCAAGUCGCAUUAAUGAAUUCUUAAAAGAAAAGUCGAUACUAACCACUUGUCAACAUGGCUUCAGAAAAGGCUGCUCGACUAUCACACAGUUAGUUAUAGUAAUCGAUUCAUUUUCUAAAGCUUUGGAUGCUAACGGUGAAAUUGAUGCUGUGUUUUUGGAUUUUAGUGAAGCCUUCGAUAGGGUGAUUCACGAAAAAUAAUUCUAAAAUUAAGAAACAUUAACCUUCCAGAUAUCUUAAUUUCCUGGAUCGCAGACUAUCUGAAUAACCGUAAACAGUAUGUUUCAGUUGAUGGACACAACUCGGGCUGUCUACCAGUCACUUCAGGUGUGCCCCAGGGCAGUGUUUUGGGUCCAUUACUCUUUCUUUUGUAUAUUAAUGACAUCGUCACCGUCGUCACACCUGGAACACAAAUAAGACUGUUCGCAGACGACUGUGUUGUGUUUCGUACAAUUAAGUCUGUGGAAGAUCAGAGGGAACUAGAUUUCAGCUUGAAUAACAUAUCCUUGUGGUGCGAAAAAUGGGGCAUGGCUGCAAAUACCGACAAAACAGUCUCUCUUAGCAUAACGCAUAAAAAGAAUCCCCUCGAUCACGUGUACGAAAUGGCGUCUGUCCCAUUAAAACAAGUUGAUAGCUAUAAAUACCUUGGCGUAACCUUCACUGCCAAUCUCUCUUGGAACCUUCAUAUUGAGAACACAUGCUCUGCUGCAUUCCGCAAACUAGCUUAUCUGCGACACAAACUUAGAAAUUCUCCUUCAAACGUUAAGUUACUCGCCUACCUAACCUAUAUCCGCCCAAAGCUAGAAUAUGCCUGCGUAGCAUGGGACCCGUACACUAAGCUCAAUAUCAACAAACUUGUGAGAGUACAAAGAAAAUCGGUUCGUUUUAUUUAUUCGAAAUACAAACGUUCGGACUCCCCGUCACAGCUAAUGUUGGCUAAUGAGAUUCCUUCUCUUGAAUCAAGAAGACAGAAGUACCGCUUGGAUUUUUUACGUAAUCUAAUUGACCACAAGUUCACCCUCGAUCCUUCCCUUUAUGUAAGCCCUCUUUCCACAAGGCAAACACGGCACCAUCGCUCUGAUGCAUUAACACCUAUCUAUGCUAGGACAGACACGUAUAAGUUUUCCUUUUUGCCACGGACCAUUUCAGAAUGGAAUUCUCUGCCCGCACCGUAGAA